AUGUUGGCGUCGCUUUCAAACGGUCCUUUCGGCUCUUUCGACUUCCAUUCCGAUCUCGUCGUCGUCGUCGAUGAGGCCAAAAAUCAAGUAAGUAAUUUCAAAAAAAUCUUUGAAAAAAGUCAACCAAUUCUUCUCAGAGAAAAAUAAAUCAAGCUUUGUGGCCGUGAGGCGUUUUUUAGGAUUUUUCAGAAUUAUAAUUUUGAUCUGAUGUAAUUUAUUCGUUUCAGUUGGUCACUUCGGACCUCAAAGGAACAAAUAUCCGCCGUUACACGAUCCCCGCCAAAUUCUUCAAUCAACGCUACUAUUGGCUGAAGCUACAUUUUAUCAACGCGUUUGAUACAUUUUUUUCAUGUUGGAAUUAUGCGAUUCUUUUUUCAGAAACACCGUGAUCGGACUUCUCAAAUGCCAUGUAGUCACAUCAUUCCAUAUCGUAUCGCUUCGUCUGGACCAUCAUACCAUUUCGUGUGUCGCCAUCCAACAUAUCAAGACGGGAAUCCUUUCUCACGGAUUCAGAGUUGGCGCUGAAAUUCUGUUUUGAAACUGCGUAGUUUUUCAGGUUGAAUCUCACAGAGCCGGUAGUCAAAUCGUGUAUAGCAUUUGCAAUUCAAGAAACUACAAAUGCAAAGUUGCGGCAGCGGCCGAAAGAGACAGCGACCGCAAAAGGUUUCUCCGACAGUUGAGGGUACUUGGGAUUUCUUUUUGUUCUGACAAGCACUCAAAAUGUUUUGAGGCGGCUACUUUUGGAACAACUUACACUGAUACCAUCGCCAGACCACCUCCUUAUGAUGUCCCGAUGCGAAUGGAAGAGUCUGAACCUUCGUCUCCAACCAGACAGAUUCCUGAUAGAGUUGAUCAGGCAAGUCUGCUCUAUCGAGUGGAACUUCAUUUCGUAGAACUUUCGAACUAGUUUGGUGUUUCUAAUCGAGUGCGUGAAUUUAGUUUAGCGCUGUUUGCACUAGAUCUCUGAUUUCGAAGUAUUUUUUCUGAAAACCGGCGACAAAUUUCACAUUACCAUUUCCUGAAAGGGAUUUUCUGCAAACCUUUUGCAAUUUCCAUCUGACUUCAAACGCUGUUAUUUGCAUGCAAAAAAAGCUUUCUCACGCUUCAAUGUGUGUUUUUCUGCUGGUUCCUCAUGCGAAAUGUAAUUCUUGUAACCCUGGUGAUAGGCGGUGUCUGCAAGAGAAUUAUUAUUUGCAAAUCAGUUCUUCUUUCGUGGAAACAGGAUGACGAAAACGGAUGUCGGAACCGAAAAAAGCUCAGAUAUUUUUUGCAGAAGUGUGAAAAAUCUUGAAUGUAGCUUUUAUGAGGAAAAUUUUUAAGCUUGUGUUAAGUAUGUUGAGCUCAAACCAGUUGAUAUCCGCCUUCAAAAAUAGAACAUCUAUUCGAAGUUAAAACAACUAAUUUUCCGGCUCAUCGAACCGAUAUGAUAUAAUCUCUUGGAAAGUUCUGGAUGAAAAAUGGAGAUACUCUAUAAAAAAUUUUGAGAAGACGAAGAUUCAGACGUUCAUCGAGAGCGUACUUCUUCUUGUUCGCUACGACAACUCGGGAAGCAUCUACCCACACAUCAUUUCCACUGGCAGACGCCGGUACGGCAUCAAAGUCCGUCGCACAAACAGCGUCAAGACUUUCAACCGCACUUUCAGCAACAAAUUCAUGACUAGGUUUGGGGAAAAACAUUUUUCGAUAAGAAAAAAAGGAUCUAUCUAUAGUUUAAAUUUCUUUGAGCGGAAAAAUAUUUAUCAUUCAAAGAUCUGUUACAGUUACUUCUAUCAAAAACUCAAAACCCAUCAGCCCUGGAUAGAUGAUAAUGUGAUUGAAACUGGAAAUUAUAUUUUUAUCAGCUUGCUGUCUCCCGAAGACUCUUCAUUUGACUUCUUUUCGAUUUACACAGUAUUCCCAAGAAGCAUCGCGUUUCCAAUUCUUUGUAGCCAAAUAUUGAAUCGUCUGACUUCUCUUCUCAUGCAAACAACAGUUUCUUUUGAGAAGACGUCAAAUGUUUCAGAUGGACGAAGCCGCCGACCGCCGACUUGUGUGAGCCUUUUCUAUGGGGGAACAACGCCGUUCUGAUUUGUCGAAACAAUGCUUCCCACAUUUUCCUCUCAGGAACUAUCGUGAACCCUCGAAGUGGAUUCUUGGCGUCGAUUCUCAACAAGUUGCGCCAUGGGCUCAGGUUCGUAGUCCUAAGCCCUCUCAAAAACAUUCUCAAUAGCCGAGGCAAAGUUUUCUGCUUUUUAAAGCUGCUAUUUUUGAUCUUUAAGUUAAUAUCACGUGUACAAGGGGGACCUCAGAAAAAUUAUGUCAACGGCGUAAAAAUCUCGCUCAGCAUGAAAGUCGCUAAGAAAAGCCAAAACUUAGUGUUCUGUUAAGAACUUGCGAAUUGCUGAUUUCUUAAAACUUGAUUGCAGGAAUCGGUAUAUUUUUAUUUUGACAGCUACUCUGAUAUUGUUUCCAUCGCCUUAUAGAAAUAUGAAAAUUCAACCAGUAAAGACGUUGAAAUGGGACUUUUUUGAUUAGGCUUCAAUCCUUGAUCCUUGCUUGUUAGGUUUUUCAGAAUCAUUCACAAUAAACAAAAAAAUAAAAAAAGAAUUUUUUUCAAUCAUAAAAAAAUAAAAGGUUGAGAACAUUUCUGAUUAGUUUCCUCAUGAGAGGCAAACACGCCAGGGGCUGAAAUUUAAUAAAUGCUUGAAACAUUUAAAUUCAGCUAUUUCAAUUUGCCAACGCGCCAGGUGGUUUACUUUUCUUCAUUUCAGUUAUCAAAUAUGAGAACUUUUUUGAAACAGUUUUUUUACUAAAAACUUUCUUUGCAUUAAUUCUGUUUUUUUAAGGUUCAUAAACAGAAAAAAAUAAUUUUUUUAUUUUUUUCGAUGCUAAAUUAGUUGAUGGAAAUAAAAAAAGUGAACAAAUAAAAUUUUUCGAUUUUUUUCUUCUUAUUCUCUAAACGAUCAGUUUUUUUGGAAUGAUCUCUAAAAAAAUUUGUAAUCGAGAGAGCAAAAUUAGAAACGAGAAAUUUUUCUAACUUCCUCGGAGAAAAAGAGACAGGUGAAAUUUAAAAAAAUAUUUUUUUCAGAAAAAGAUCUGCAAUGCGAAAUAUCUUUUACUUUGAUUUCUGUAGAUUAGUUCAAAACAAGAUAAACAGCUGAGUUUUUACAAAAUCUGCUAUCAAAGUGAUGUGCCUCGAACAUGUGAUUCUACAAGCCGACCAAUUGGAGCUCGGGCCGAAACGCGCGAGUCCACUGCAAAAUCACUUUCUUUUCUAAUCCACAGAGCAAACAAGCGUGUGAGGAGAGUUGAAUGCGCCCCCGGCGGCCUUCCAUACAGACGCAAAACAAACCGAUCGUGUGUUGUGUAUUUAUCCGUUUUUUCUUGCUCAUUUGCUCCAUUUCCAGGAUGCAUACGCCGAUGACGAAUCCGGUGCGUGUGGAGGUGCGCGGCGUGGCGCCUGACCCCACUCACAUCUGGAGCAACGUUGAGCUCAUUGCUGGCGAUCCAACUUUGCUCACCGUUGUAAGUUUGGAUGGCUUCGACUAGCUCUCAGCAGCUGGCAGAAGUUGCAAGGAAUCCCGAGAAAAAACAGCUUUCUGGCGCCUGAAGAGCAUUUUUGCGAUCGAGUAGAUUUUCACAUUUUGAUACUUUUGACCUUGUAGCUUUAUUUCUUCAUUACCGCUAAAUUUGGGAAUCAUAAAAAAAUUCCAUUACAAUGAUUUAUGAAAAUAAGUGGUCCAGAAGUUUCAACGUUAAAAGUAAAUUUUUCAUUGAAAAAUGGAGUUGGAAAUUCAGUUUUCUCAACCUUCUGCUUUCACUUCAAUAAACAACUGGAAAAAAAUUGUUUCAAAAAAAUAAUUUUUUUCAUAGUUUGAAAAAUGGUUUUGAGAGUUUUUUUAAGACAUACAUAAAUCAAUUAAAAAGCAAUCAUAAUUUUCAAAGUCCAGUAAUCACGAUUAGAUAAAUGCAAAAACUUUUUCUGAAGCUUUUCGUUUCAAAGUUUGAAAACUUGGAGCUGCCAACUGUGAAGCUCUCUUCCGAACGUCCGACUUUGUUCAAAAAAUUAAAAAUCUGAUCUUUCUGGCAAAAGUCGAUUUUGCCGGUGCAUUAAUCUUAUUGCAAAACGGAAAAGGGCGCUUUGUCCAGAGAGUUGGGGAAACGACGGCCUGGGCAACACAAAGAGUCUCUGACCUUGCAGGAUCCGGUGGAUCGGACGGCGGCGCUGUUCAGUCUCUGCCGACCUAACGAAAUGUCGUACGAGUGGAAUCAUCGCGAGGUCCACCUUGAUGAGAUCCCAGAGAACCUCGUCAAACUCGCCUACCGCUGCAACCCCCAGAACCAACAGAUGCUCAUUGUCCGCUGCGCCGACGAGGAAGAGACCGUUUUGCGCAACUCUCGCAGCCAUUUCAAGACCUUGCUCAUGCCCUAA